CCAGACCGAUGCCUUGUGGUUAUAGCCAUUCCAGCAUUUUGUGCCGCCUCUCUUCGACUCCCUCUCCAGUCUCCACCCUCUCCAAUCCAACCUUUUCGGCCUCUCCAUCUCACUAGACACCAGUCACAUCCCAUCGUUUCUUCAAUCGUCACACCAAUCUGUUUUUCCUUUGAGCAGCCAAAAGCAUAAAAGGGAGAGCGAAGGAAGAAAGCUUUAUCUCAGCUAACUCAUGCUCAAGCUACCUCCUUCAUAGCUACUCUGUCAUCUUUGGUGAACCCCGAACAUUCUUCAACUUCAACGCCUCCAAUGGUGGUUCUACACUUGUAUUACUUUGCAAUCUAUUUAACUUCUUUAAUCACGAAGAAGUGAAGAAGAAACUGGGGAGUAGUUUUCAAUAGCAGUGGUCUUCAAUUUCAUUUUUUUUUUCUUAAGUUGAGUAUCAAUUGGAACAUUCGCAUAAUGCUGCUGCAACAAACUUCUCCUAUAAUCAAAAUUGUUGGUUCCAAUUGCAGCUUCUUCAACAAUUCUCCACGAUCAACACCAAAAUAUCUCAGUUUUCUCAUGGACAAAGAGAAGCCUCUACCUGUUCUUUCUUCUUCUUUGUUGCUGAAGCAUCCAGUCUUCCAUUGCCAAGCUUCGCAUGAAUCUCUUGAGACUUCUCUCAGGAAUGAAGAAAUACCUGUCCAUGGAUUAUCUAAAACGAUUGUAGGUGUUUUAGGGGGCGGGCAAUUGGGUCGAAUGCUGUGUCAAGCAGCUUCCCAAAUGGCCAUUAAAGUAAUGGUUUUGGAUCCCCUUGUGAAUUGCCCUGCUAGUUCCCUCGCUUAUCAUCACAUGGUUGGGAGCUUUGAUGAUAGUGCUACGGUUCAGGAAUUUGCCAAAAGAUGUGGAGUAUUAACCAUUGAGAUUGAACAUGUUGAUGCUGCUACGCUAGAGAAGCUUGAGCAGCAAGGAGUUGAUUGCCAACCGAAAGCCUCUACUAUUCGAAUUAUCCAAGAUAAAUAUCUCCAAAAGGUUCAUUUUUCUCAGCAUGGAAUUCCACUACCUGAGUUUAUGCAGAUAGGUGAUCUAGAAGGUGCCAAAAGGGCAGGUGAAUUGUUUGGCUAUCCUCUUAUGAUUAAAAGUAAGAGGUUAGCUUAUGAUGGGCGUGGAAAUGAAGUUGCUAAGAGUGAAGAAGACAUUUCUUCUGCAGUAACCGCUCUUGGAGGUUUUGAUCGUGGUCUAUAUGUUGAGAAAUGGGCACCCUUUGUAAAGGAACUAGCUGUCAUUGUGGCAAGAGGAAGAGACAACACCAUCUUGUGUUAUCCUGUUGUUGAAACUAUUCACAAGGAAAACAUAUGUCACAUAGUCAAGGCACCUGCCGAUGUGCCAUGGAAGAUCAGGAAACUUGCCACUGAUGUUUCUUAUAAAGCUGUUAGUUCACUAGAAGGUGCUGGUGUGUUUGCAGUUGAGUUGUUUUUGACAAGUGACGGUCAGAUUCUACUAAAUGAAGUAGCUCCUAGACCUCAUAAUAGUGGUCAUCACACAAUUGAGUCCUGCUACACCUCACAAUUUGAACAGCAUCUGCGAGCUGUUGUGGGUCUUCCACUAGGUGAUCCAUCAAUGAAGACUCCAGAAGCUAUAAUGUACAAUUUAUUGGGUGAAGAUGAGGGAGAGCCUGGUUUCCACUUGGCUCAUCAGCUUAUUGGAAGGGCAUUAAAUGUGCAAGGGGCUACUGUUCAUUGGUAUGAUAAGCCAGAAAUGCGAAGGCAAAGAAAGAUGGGGCAUAUCACUAUUGUUGGUCCUUCUAUGGGCAUUGUGGAAGCACGGCUAAAUUCAAUGUUCAAAGAAGGAGGUUCUGAUAGUCAAUCUGCAGUUACACCACGGGUUGGGAUCCUUAUGGGCUCUGAUUCAGAUCUUCCUGUAAUGAAGGAUGCUGCAAGGAUUUUGAAUAUGUUUGGUGUGCCUUAUGAGGUAAGAAUUGUGUCAGCUCAUCGAACUCCUGAGAUGAUGUUCUCCUAUGCCUCGUCUGCUCGAGAUCAAGGGGUUCAGAUCAUCAUUGCUGGGGCUGGUGGUGCAGCCCACUUGCCAGGGAUGGUGGCUUCACUUACUCCUUUACCUGUUAUUGGUGUCCCUGUACGUGGUUCCUCAUUGGAUGGAAUGGAUUCACUCUUGUCCAUUGUGCAGAUGCCAAGGGGUGUUCCAGUCGCAACUGUAGCAAUAAACAAUGCUACAAAUGCUGGUUUAUUGGCUGUAAGGAUGUUGGGAGUUGGUGAUUCCGACCUAUUAGCAAGAAUGAGCCAGUAUCAAGAAGACACCAGGGAUGAAGUAUUAAAAAAGGCUGAGAAGCUACAAUGUGAUGGAUGGGAAUCUUAUUUGAAUCCUUGAGUACAAUUUCACCACUUUCUGUAUGCCUUUAUUUUUUGAACUUAAUAACAUACAUAGAAGAAUCUGAUAUCAAAAGAGGAUUAAGAGUCAAACAUGUUGGGUACAACAACCUGUCCUAACCAAGUGUGAUCGGUAGGGGAGCAGAUUGUAUUGGGGUGCAAUUAGAAAGUCCAUAGCAGAUUGGAAAGGACAGAAAGGGGACAUGGAUCAAGUUUGGAGAGAGAACAAGUUUUGUAGCCUUAUGAGAUCAUUAAAUUUUUCCUUGAUUGAUCAAUCAAUUAAAGUUAAUUCUUUGUAUUU